AUGGAGCAUAUGUACGAGUAUCUUGCUACACUCGACCCUGAAGAGCCUUACUACCUUGGAUACAACAUGAGACCUUAUUUGGCCCGUGGCUACAAUGGUGGCGGCGCUGGUUAUGUGCUAAGCCGUGCGGCGGUGAAGCUGUUCAUCGAACGAGCCUUCCAUGAUCGUACCGUUUGUCCAUUCGACCUUUCUGAAGACGUUGGUAUGGGAAGAUGCCUUCAAAAUAUCGAAAUUUAUCCACACGACACGAGAAAUGAAGCAGGUCAGCACCGAUUCCACACCUAUAGGCCUGACGACAUGUUCCAUGGUACCGUGCUUGAUGAGUGGCACUACUAUCCUCAAAUCAAGGGACAUGAUUGGAUUUCUCCGGAACUCAUAUCUGUGCAUCAUCUGAAUCCCAACGAAAUUCGCAUCUACGACGAUUUGCUCUAUCGGAUGCGCUCACCUCAGCUAUCCCGCGUUCGAAUGCCGGGCCAGCCAGAGGCAAGCGCUGAUGACGAUGAAGAUAACGAGAUUUCAGAGAAUGUUCAAGAUUCUAAACGACCACCGAAAAGUAACAUGACUGUCUAUGAUCGUAAUAUCGCUUAA